AUGAGUAAAAAUCCUCGUGUACAAACAAAAAUCAAAGCUGAACUAGGCGAUAACAAACAACAAUAUCUCUCUAUUGAACAACUUGAAUCUCUUGAAUAUUUGAAUUGUGUUAUUCAAGAAGUACUUCGUUUUGCACCACCUUCAAUUGCCACUACACGUAGUGUAACUAUUGACGAUCGAUUACCGGCUAGUGGCAUUCAAUUGCAAAAAGGUGAUGAAAUUUGUAUUAAUAUAUUUAAUUUAACUCGAGAUAAACGCUAUUGGAAGAUCGAUCCAGAUCUAUUCUAUCCUGAACGAUUUCAAGGUGAAGACAAAGAUCAUCAUCCAUAUGCAUUGAUUCCAUUCGGAAGUGGUCAUCGACAAUGUAUCGGACAAAACUUAGCUCAAUUAGAACUGAAAGCAAUCGCAGUCAGACUAAUGCAACAUGUUACUUUCGGUGAUGGUGGUCUCGAAGUCAAUGCAGGUAGAUUCAACUCGAAAAGUAUGCUCAUACCAAAGAAAAUUGGUGUGACAGUAACUUUCGACUAA